AGGUGUACGUAACAAGUCAUCGGAUAGUAUCAAAUAUCCCCUCAGAUACUUCAUAACUAAUAACACGUGCACACGAUAGUUCUUUUGGAGGUAUCGAAACAUAAAAAAUAGUGAAUUUUGUUGAGGUGGGGGUCGCUAUCAAAAUUCAGAGAAGAAAAAAACGGAAAUUCGGAUGAUAGAUUUGAAUUGGGAGGAAGUGAACGGUAGAAUCUUCAACGGACGGGCCUUGAAUCCCCACUUGCAGGUGUCCACACGCAGAGCUAAGGUUGUCCCUCUUCUUGACCAGCGGAAUAGAUAUCCCAGACAAGUAUCAGUUGAACAUUAGCAGGCGAAUAGAUAGGUUCACCCUUCAGACCCACAAUGCGGGUCAGCUCGAGAUUUUUCGUUGUUUUUGGCAUUCUCCACUUAACCGAAGCCGAGAGCAACGAAUUCCCCGACGAACAUUCAAUAACCCACAUAGACGUGCAAAGAUUGAGGCCAAGAAGUUGGAAGUCCCAUCAAUCCCGAGAUUCAGGUGACAUCGAGGGAGCAUUUAAGGUCCAGUGGACAGGAAACGGUGAUUUUCGCGGGCACCAUCAAGUGCCGCAAUCGAGUCUGGAGACGGAGCUGCCCCCGUGGGACUCGCAGCUCCAGACAGUCCACGAGGAGGGUUCAAUAGAUUCCGACCGAUCAUCGCCGUCGCCAGUGCUGCAGCCCCCCUUCGAAUUCUACUCCUCAUCGAUCCACGACUUUGCCAAUGAAAACCCCAUCCCGGAGUCCGCGAACGACGAGGAAUCAUCGGAAAACAGUUCAACAAUAAAAACAUUGAGAAUCUACGAGAUUACAAAAUCCAAUUCAUCAUGGGGAUUUCGUAAUGAGAAUGCAAUAACAACUGGACGCUCCUUCGUUAUAUCAGACCCGAGCAGCGAGACAAAGUCCUUUGACUCGCUCAGAUCAGCGAUCAGAAACAAAAAUACAACGAGAUUGAACGGUGUCAAUCGCGCCAAUGAUAGUGGUGGGAGUGAUGGCGGAGCUAAUGGACUGAAUGACAGAUCGGAUGGAAUAAUACCCAGGACAAAUGUAAUAAGAGCCAAUCCUGGGAAAGCCAAUGCACUCAGGGGCCACCGCAAAUAUCAGUCUAGAGUUGACAGUGACGAAACGUCCGUGAGAAGAAACAGUUGGGGGAAUACGCUCAGGCACAAUUGGAGGAGGCCGGCUAGUCGGGCCAAUCACUUCAGGUUCAGUGAUUCCGGUGAGAAAGUCGGCGCGGUACCGGGGGUCCCCGGUCGUGAUUACCCAGUGCAUCAGGAGCACACCCACCAUCAGCUGCGAAAUGUUGAGGGCAGGUUCCCAUGCCCGAAGGAUCCUGUCAAACAUUUCUAUCGCGCGGAUCGCGCGUCUCGCUGUCAGAUAUUCUACGUGUGUUUUGGUGGAGAAACGGGAGUCCCUAUGGUCUGUCCGAACGGAACACUCUUCAAUCAAGAAAUCCAAGUCUGCGAUUGGUGGUUCAAUGUCGUAUGUUGAUUAAUCCCAAGGAAAUCCCUUACAAACAUGCCAAAAACAAAAUCCCCGAAAAUUUGAAUAAUUUCCCUCACUUAUUUAUAAGAAGUGAAUUUUAAAAACCAAGUAUAACUUCUAUCCGAACGUAAUCGGCCUCAUUAUUCCUGUUUUUUAUCAAAAUUUCAUCGCGUAAUUUAUUUGAAAAAAAUUGGAGAACAAUUGUCGCAUGUGUAAAUCGAAUAAACUGAUGAGCGAGUGA